CUAGGCAGCGGCGGGUACGGCGCCGUGUACAGAGGCUCGUUCGAAGGAGGUAAAAUCGCAGUGAAGGCGAUGUUUGAAACCGGAAUGAACAACAUGAUGUCCGCGACGGCGGCGAGGAUGCUGCGCAAAGAGGCGCUCAUCUUGUGCUCGCUCAAUCACCCGAACAUCAUUCGCGUCUUCGGUACGGUUCCCGAGAAAGGAUGGCUGGUCAUGGAGUUGUGCGAGGGCGGGUCGCUGGACGAGCUUCUCCGCGAUCACGACGUCGCCUUGGACUCGAGAGAGAAGGCGAGGUUGGCCAAGGAGACGGCGACGGGCGUCGCGUACUUACACAUGAAAGACGUGAGCAUCGUGCACGGCGACAUGAAGGCGGCGAACGUCUUGCUGACGAAUCGCAGAGUCGUCAAGCUCUGUGACUUUGGUAUGGCGGAAGCGAAGGACCGCGGGCGCGGGGGACGCGUGGCAAUGACCGUCGCGUGGAGCGCCCCGGAGCUCUUCAAGGGCAAACAGAAGACGUUCGCGUCGGACGUCUACGCGUUAGGGAUGACGUUGUGGCAAAUUUUCGAGCGUCAAGAGCCCUUCGGCGCGAUGCCGGAGGCUGCGUUCGUGAACCAAUGUCUCGCGGGCGUGCGCCCGGACAUCUUCGCCGUGACGCCGGCGACAGCGAAAAAACUCAUCGGGAUGAGUUGGGCGGGAAAUCCGAGCUCGCGGCCGCGCGCCGCCGCCGUCGCGUGCGCGUUG